UUGUAAAGUUGGUUCCGCGAUAUUCAAGUGCUGCCGCCGUUCCUCCGCUGUCAGCUAUCUCGACUUCUGAUGGUGCCUUUCGCAGAGUUCGUUCACAGCUUCGAGAAUGCAGGCCAAACCAGAGGCCGCUGACAGGAUGGUCAGGGAGUUUCUGCGAACGGGUUCUACAGUCAGUUUAAAAGAAGUGGAAGCCACUGUGCUCUGCCUUUCAUCAUGUUGGGAACGGUACAGAGGUCAUCAUCCUCAUCGUUGUCAUUGUCAUCUGUGUUUCUGACAUUACAAAAUAAAAUGAUGAAGAACUGGGGAGUGAUUGGUGGAAUUGCAGCUGCUUUGGCCGCAGGUGUGUAUGUACUUUGGGGACCAAUCACUGAGAAGAAGAAACGGAAAAAAGGUCUGGUACCAGGUCUUCUGAAUUUAGGAAAUACGUGUUUUAUGAACUCCCUCCUUCAGGGCUUAGCAGCCUGUCCCUCCUUUAUUUCUUGGUUGGACGAGUAUACUAACAGAUCUAGCAUGGAUCAGAAUCGGCAACAGCAACACCCCCAGCUGUCAUCAACCCUCCUUCAGCUUCUCAAAGCAUUAUCUAACCGGGAGGCAGUGGAAGAUGAUAUACUGGAUGCAGGGAGCCUUUUGGAGGUGUUGCGGAUGAACCAGUGGCAGAUCAGUUCUUUUGAAGAGCAGGAUGCUCAUGAACUCUUCCAUGUGCUCACAUCAUCACUUGAAGAAGAACGAGAUCAUCGUCCUCACAUCACACAUUUGUUUGAUGUCCAGUCACUGGAGAGUACUGAAAGCCAAGAUCAAAAGAAUCUCAGCUGCCGAAGUCGAGGUCAGUUGCAACCCAUGCCAAAUCCCUGGAAAUCUCAUCAUCCCUUUCAUGGGCGACUGACCAGUAAUAUGGUAUGCAAACGAUGUGAACAUCAGAGCCCAAUCCGGUACGACUCAUUUGACAGCCUUUCUCUUUCUAUUCCCACUGCAGUUUGGGGUCGACCUGUGACAUUGGACCAGUGUCUCCAACAUUUCAUCUCCUCAGAGACAAUUAAAGAUGUGGAGUGUGAGAAUUGUACUAAGACAGACAGGAUGUUAAAUGGCCAGAUUGCUGGAAGCCAGAGGACAACUUUUAUCAAGCAUCUUAAGUUGGGAAAGCUUCCCCAGUGCCUCUGCAUACACCUUCAGAGACUGACAUGGUCCAACCAGGGCACACCAAUCAAGCACCAAGAGCAUGUGCAGUUCUCUGAGUUCUUGUCCAUGGACUGCUAUAAGCACCGGGUUUCAGGUCAAAAAUCACAACAGAAACCUCCCAUGUUGGGAUCAGAGAAGCUGCCUUCCAGAACGUCAGAUCAGGAUGCUCCAAAAAGCACUAAGAAGCCAAUGACUAAUGGAGCUUGUUCAGCCAGAACGUUGAACCUUCCAGGGGGAAGUCCUGGAUUCAGCUUCUCUCAUGAUUUCAGUUUAUCUUUGUACUUAUUCAAGCUGACAGCUGUACUGGUCCAUCAUGGAGAUAUGCACUCUGGACACUUUGUGACAUACCGCCGAUCUCCAUCAUCAUCCAGAAGCUCAUCUGCUCUCAGCAGUCAGUGGCUAUGGGUGUCUGAUGACUCUGUGCGAAAAGCCACCCUUCAAGAGGUCCUGUCCUCUAAUGCUUACCUGCUGUUUUACGAAAGAGUCCGGACAGCUGCACUGGCACGUUUGCAUUGCACUCCAGGGCAUGGCAUAGAAGAGUGAGACAGGUUUUCAGAGUAGCAGCACCAAGACGACCUCUGUAUUGGCUGACCUGCCCUCAUCUCCCUCUCCCUGCAUGUCAGUGUGAGCAGGAUGCUUGUUAAUAGCCAGUCUUUGGGCUCCACCAUUAGUAAGCUAUGCAGAAGGCCAUCGUGUACAGCAUGGAUUUCUCUCACCAUGUAGACAAGUAUGACAGAGUUGCAAAGAGCGUUACUGCCCUUGUCUGCUUUAGCGGAGGCUAAAUUUUAAACCUGUCUGCGGCUUUUUGUAAUACUUUCUGGAUAUCAAGGUAAAUCCAAAUAUUUGUGUACUGUUUAGGUAUACAGUACCUACUUUUAUGGUUUUAUCUAGAGAAAAGUGCACCAAUGCUCAUUUAGGUACAAACGUUUCAUUUCUCUCUAUAUCAAAAUACGCUUAAAUUCCCUAGACUCCUGGCUUUGCUCUCCGUGAACAGAGUGCCAGCAGUUUCAUACUGUAAAUGCGUUACAACGUGCCAAAGGUUUGCUCAGUUAGUUGUCUUUCCAGAGUACAAACAUAAAGUUGUCUACUAUUUCCUCUGUUACUUGCUUAAAACUCAAAUUUCCCAUCUUGGGCCCAAAGCUGAAAAAGGAAGACUACAAUCCACCAUAAAAGUGCCUGUCAACCCUUCUCCUACAAAAGUGCAACUUCUGUUUUUUCCCCAUAGAGUAUUUGUCAAAAGGAGUAAGUUGUUUAAUAAUAAAUUAGUAAGAGAUGGAGGCUUAGAUAUUGCACUCAUGUAAAAGAAAAAUACAAGUAAGUUAAAAAGAUGACAAAUGAUUAUAUGAAAUUUCUUUACAUAUGAUAUUUGAUUUAUUGCUCUAUUUUAUUUACUGACCAGUAAAGGUGAGUAAAGUACCUGUGAUGACAUUAGUUAAAGAACAGAACGAAAAUUAGCUAUGUAAAAAUGAUUCAUUGUGUAAGUGUACUGUACAUAAUUUAGCAAGAGUUUUUAAAUUCAAGUCAUGAGUGUGCAUGUACAGGACUAAUAUUUCUUACUUAUCUCCAGUAUUAUUUCUGGGGCUGUGUGUGUUUGGAAUAAAUGGUGGACGGGUUGUUGUUUUAUACAAUCCAAAUGUAGGACAAAUGUAUAAAAUGAGGAGAGUCUACAGAGAAAGUGGUCACAAAAACUGCCUGAAAGUUAUUUUAUUUUCAGAUAUAGUGAAAGUCUCAUGGCCACUUUUUAAGAAAAUUGUUACUUCCAUAAUUCGGUUAAAGCCCACUGUAUGGUUCUUUACCCACCAUAUUGAAUGUUUUGUUUGGUUGCCUGUUAAAUGAAUCAGUGUUGUUGAUCUUUGAUACUGCAAAAAAGUUAAAAUAAAUCCUUAUUUUUUAUCCAUUUGUACAACUGACUUGCACUAGACGUGUGUGUUAGGGAUAAAUGUGAGUGGAGUCUGUAUGAAUGUAAAUAUAUAAAUGUGAUUGAACUGUAAUGAUGUUUUCAUAGUUUAAAAUGUGAAAUCAAAAAUAAAAGUAAUUCAACACCA